AUGUGACAACUCGUUUCGAUUCUAGAUCCUUUCCAACUGCGCUUACAAAAGUGAGCGUGGUCGCUCGCGCGACUACAGUCGAACGCAGGCUGAGAUUUUGGCAGACGCUUUCGGAGACCAUAUACUUCGCGCGUAUUUGACGAUGCUGUCAAAUUUAGUGGUGGUAUUAGUACUGUUUUGGGGCGUGGAAAGCUUUCCUGAUGGGGCGCCGGUUGACGCGUGUGUGAAAGACCGACCAAACCAGCCGAACCAUGGCCAACACAGGACACAACCCCUCUCGACUCUUCCAUACAGAGUGGUGGCGUCUUCUUCUAGUUAUGGACCCAAUUCCCCUAUCACAGUGUCAAUAGAAGGCGUGGAGCCGUUCAAGGGUUUCUUCCUACAAGCGCGGUCGGUGGAGACAGACCAAUGGCUGGGACAAUGGGAGCAGGCCCCUAACACCACUGUCCACCCUGAAUGUUCGGCCAUCACGCACGCUGACCCGCGGGACAAGUCGCGUGCCACGCUCAUCUGGCGGGCGCCGCCUGACUCGCAAGGCAAAGUGUACUUCACCGGGACAGUGCUCAAGAACUACGGAACAUUCUGGUCGAGCCUGGUGGCGGAGGCGCCGCAAGAACCCGCGCAGCUUCAAGUGUUGGGCUGAGAGUCAAGUUUCCAAGACUUUCGCAGUGUUAAAUGUUGAAAGACUCGACUUCUUUGUCUUAAAACAAGUGAACCCUCGGUGCUAUGAAGCAUUGUCUUCUUCACUUCAUUUUUGUUUAUGGCUGCAACGUUUACAACGAAACGGUGGUAUUCUGGCAAACUUAAUCUCAUCUUACUUUGACAGUUCUAACGCUAGCGCUAUCUCUAUCUUCUACUUAUCGUAAAUGAAGGACAGCACUAGUUAUAGAGCUGUCAAGCUAAAGUAUAAUUAAAUUCCGUCCGC